AUGAACGCAGUUUAUUGCUGCCUUUCUUCAGAUGGCAACUGUUCUGGUCGCUACCAUUCUUUUUGCUAUUUUCAGCAACUCUCAUGCAAUUUGGUGUUAUAUAGGUGAAACCAAAAACAACUCCACAGUGAUAAACCCAUGGGAUAGCCCAGCAAAUUUUUGCUACAGGAUGACUACUAAAAGUAAAGAUUACAUAUACUACAUGUUCGAUGACGGCAUCUGCGAGAAGGUUGAUUGCUGGUUGGACGAGGAUGAAGCCGAAUGGUGCUGCUGCAAUACAGAUCUGUGCAACUAUAAUUUUACACUACCCACCACUACUAUAUCACCCUCAACCAGAGCAAAAUCAUCCACGCAUAAUCCUAGUUCAACACCUUCAGCUACAAUUUCACUAUCUACACAUCCUUCUCUUUCCUCAACUCCGGCUCCACCAACUACUACUUCAUUAUCGCGACAUAUAUUCGACAGUUACUUUUUCAGUGCAGUAUGUUUUUAUCGUUUUGUACAAAAUGGCGACAUGUAAUAUCUAAAAUGUACGCAUGCGUAAUUUAUUUUGCACCAGUUUUAACUGAGUGGGUAAAUUUUAGACUGUUGGUAAUGCACAAAGAUAUGCAACAACAUUCCUUUCAUUCCUGUGAUAACCCAGUGUGCUUGUUUUGUUCUAUGACUCGGCUGACUAUAUUGCUGACUUGAUGUUGACUGAUAGAUCGCUGCUGAUUAUAAAUCACUGUGCGUCUGACAUUUGGAAACUCAGUGGGAAUCGAAAAGUGAAGUGUUUGUCUUAUUUCAAGCGGAUGCUCUACAAAAUAAAGAUUACUAGUCCU